GUCACCGACACGGAUUUUCGCCACCUGCGAAUACGUGGCACUCAUCGUCAGGCACCCAUGCUGGUGUUCGGCAGGAUGGUCUGCUUCAUCCUCGCCACCCUCUUUCUCUGUCCCUCGUGGAUUCUAGUUGCGGCAGCCUCGACAACGACAAACGACCCAUUCAGAGCGAUCGCUGCUCGCGUUGUCAAGCAACCGGAACCACCAAUAUGUUGUCUCGUCCCCCCGCCUUCAAAUGACCACCAAGAGGACCUCUUAUUGUCUUUCGAGGAGUGGAAAGAGAAACGAAUCGCUGCCGGAGAUGUUGAGAGUGGGGUGACAACGCUGCAGGACGGGACAGGUGGUAACGGGCAGGGGGGCAUUAACUCGGAAAGGGCUGGAGACGGGGCUGGAGAGGUUCCGAGCUUGACACCCGCUGACAACGCCAACUCUAAAGCAGUUGUUUCGCCGUUGGUCGCUGAUGAGUACACACCAUCCCCCCAUUUUCGCGUCCCCAUCACCGACCGCUUUAAUUACGCCGCCCUCGACUGCUCUGCUCGCGUCCAUAUCUCCCACAAAGCCGCCAAGUCAGCACUCUCCAUCCUUUCGCACAAACGCGACAAAUACAUGCUUAGCCCAUGCCGAGAGAAGGAAACACAGUUUGUUGUCGUCGAGCUCUGCGACGACAUCCGGAUCGACACAGUCCAGCUCGCCAACUUCGAGUUCUUCAGUGGCGUGUUCAAGGAGUUCACCGUCAGCGUCGCCAAAACAUAUACGACCGAUCCAGAAGGCUGGACGUUUGCUGGAACUUACUUGGCGAAGAACAUACGAGUUGUUCAGUCCUUCCAUCCCCCCACGACCCUCAGAGACUUUUAUCGCUUUAUUCGAAUCGAUUUCCGCUCCCACUACGGGAACGAAUAUUACUGUCCAGUCUCGUUACUGCGGGUAUAUGGCCUGACCCAUUUGGAGGAAUAUAAGUGGGAUGUUUGGCAGGAAGAAAGUCGGGCUCGGUUGCGUGCAGUAUCGGCUUCUAGCGCCAGCUCAGCAGCAUCUACACCGGUCGAGGUUAAUGAGCCAGAACCUGCUCCGGCACCAGAGAUUCGAAUACCGCCAUCGUAUUCUGAAUAUGUCAGUGCACGCGAAAGUCUUGGGUCUAAACAGGACGGGCCGACACACCCGAACACAAUUGCCAUCGCAAAACUCCUGCCUUCAGAAUCAAAUGAAAAGGGUCAGCAAGCUAUGCGGAGGUCGGAUUCGAGCGCGGAAUCGAGGAGUGCUCUCAUUCUUGAGACUCUCUCGUCCGCUUCAUCCCAAGUAUCUCGACAAAGCAACUCAGAAUUGGGAACCGCUCCCACUCUCACAGAAUCUGCGAAGCCCAUCGCACCAUCCUCGACAGAUGAAGGGACCACCAAGAGCAAAAUCAUGUCCUACAGCUCCACACCUUCUGUUAUUGCUAUUUCGGGAGCCUCUUUGACUUCCGUUAUAAAGCAUACCUCCACCAACUCCGAACCAUCCAGCUUUGAGUCAUCUGAAAUUUCCUCAAUUCCGACCCCGUCUCUUUCUUCGAUAUCAAACACAGCCGCCAAUGCUGCUCCUCCCCCACCGAACUCCAACUCCAACUCCAUUUAUCGCACCAUCAUGAACCGGCUGUCGGCUCUGGAAGCAAAUCACACAUUAUUUUCGCAAUAUAUGGAGGAGCAUCGUGUCUAUGCGCGAUAUGUCGAAGAGCAUACAGCAGCCGUUCGAGAGCUUCUAAGGAGAGUUGGGGAAGAUAUAGGACGGGCGGAGGCUGUUGCUCGUGCUCAAGCACAGAAAUGGGAUCGUCAACGGAAAAGAGUAGAUGCAGAACAACUGGCACUAAUCAAGCGAGUGGACUACCUAAGUGAGGAGAUCGUUCUUGAAAAGCGCCUCGGUAUUGCCCAGCUGCUCCUUCUGCUCGCCAUCCUCGUGUUUUUGACCCUCACCCGCGGAUCUCCUUCAACGAGCAUUGUUUCCAAUGCAAAUAUGCAACACUCCGCCUCAGCUUCAUUGCGAGCUUGGGGUAAGAGACAUUUGAGUUUAAGAAGUUUCGGAAGCGGUAGUCGGAGUCGGCGAAAUAGUGAGGAUGACUGGGACUGGGUUGGGAGGCUGAAGAGGGAGCGGAGUCCGAGUUUUGUGAGAGGUAUCAAAAGAGAAGAAACAGAACAACGUCUCGAUAAGAAAGCGAGCGUGGAAUUCCCUCGACUAGAGAGCGAAGCCAAACCACUGGCUAUCGCUGCGCCGACACCUCUUCCCGCUCAUCCGUCAAUAUUAAAUCCAUCUACCUCUAUCGCACUUCCAAAUCGUGACGAUACGGACACACCUAUACCAACUUCGAGCAAACACAAACCCGCACGCCUCAAUUUACUGCCUGUUGUCUCCCGGCAAAGAACUCGUAGUGCAGGAAAUAGCACACUUGUUCUCGAGGGCGGUGUCGCGUCAAGUUCUGGCAGGAGACCGAGUACAAGGACUGCUCCAAACAACGUUGCAAGGUCAUCUCAUCGACGGGUAUCUAGACCCGGAACCCCGACACAUAUUCAUGGCUAUUACGGACCCCAUCCCUCUCUCCAAACCCAAUCACAUUCCGCUGGAUCAUUCCCAAUGACUCAUUCUAUAUCCCAAGACUCCCAUGCUGGACCGAGAAGUGCCAGAAAGUGGGCCAGGACGGCGCAUUUACACGAACUGAGGUCACCGCCGGCAGCAAGUGCACAAGCGCCACUACCACCUGAAGUGGGAGCUGCAAGGGUGGUAUCGGAUUUGGAUGGCGACGAAACGGCAAAUCGAGCGGAUAGUGACGAAAAAGACAUCUUUUCCUCGAUGUCUCCUUUCCCGGCAUCUGCAGGGGAACAGUCAAGCUCACCACGGUCUCCGACUGCGCGCUGGGGAAUCGGGAUGUCGCAUUUACAUCAUGGCCUUGCAGGCGAUGUCUUGGGGGAUGAUGGUGAUGGCGAUGGAGACUCGCAGUGGGUCGAUACUGAUGAGGGCGAAUCUGAGAUGGGAGACGAGUUGGUCGGUGCUUCAAGUCCAGACCCCCAGGACAAACCUCUGAUUUCAUCCUCGCCGUCUCCUUCCGGACGGUCGUCGUCGUCUUUACCAUGGGUUGGUCAGGUCUCCGUUGGGGCUUGA